GAUGAGGCCGAAGCGGCCAAGGAAGAGGCACUGGCCAACCUAGCUGCCGAGAAGAGUGCCCGUGAGGCUGAUCGUCUUCGGGCGGAGGAGGCCGAGAGGGCCAAGGCCGAGGCUGAGGCUGCGGCGGUGAGAGCUGCCGAUGAUGUUGUCGCCAAGUUCCUGGCCGAGGGCUGGAAGGCCGAUGAGCGCCUCCCUUGGUGCUAUGAGGUUGUGGCGGCCAAGCUAGAGGAUUGGGGGCAGAACUCCCCUGCCGGCCAAGAAUACUUCGAGCGGGAGAUGUCCGUAUACUACAAUAUGGGCCAGCAUCGGAUGCAGAGGCUCAUCUACCGCCGGCUUAGUCGCGCCCUCAGGACCCUGAACUACACCCGGGGUUGGGUCAGGCGGAACCUGCGCCUUCCUCGGCUGAUGAGGGACCCAGAGGAGCAGGCCAACCUUCCCUUGUGUGAUAGGCAGGCUCCGAUAGAGAGUUCCGGCCUGGGCGAACCAAACUACCAGGAUGACGACUACUUGGACGACACCGCCGCUUCCGUUAUCGAGGCCGGCCUGGAUCCUGAGAUUGAAGUUGGUGCUGAGCAGGUCACCGAGGAGGACGUUGCGGGCCCCGCUGCUGAUGAGGCCGCUGCAGAGCCAUGAUCGGCCAUAACCUCUUUUGACUUGUGACUGGCCUUUUUGUUUUCUAAUUCUGAUUGUAACGGCCGAAGUGCCCACC